UGUUUCCUGCAGUUGGUAUUUCCUGUAGGGUCCCUGACUGUACCGAGAUGGUAAACCCGAGGCAAACCGGCAACAGGAUAGACAGAGUCGGAGAAGCGUCAACGGCCGCCGGUAAACUAGGACUAAAGCCACUAAAAUAAAAAGGCACAGUUUCGAUUCACUAAGUGAAACCAAGUUAUUAUCCUCGGAUCUGAGUGUUUGCCUUUGAAUAGUAAGAUACCGUCACUUUAGACAGUGCGAAUGGUCCGAAGCUCAUGACAAACUCUGUUCCGCGGCGGCUGUGAAAAAAACAUUUUCCUCUGAGUCUUUGGCGAAGGUUUUGGGCUUGUCAGCUAAUAACAAUUACAGAUUUCCAAGAUACGGUAGGAGACAUUCCGUGUGUCAGUGUCUUUUGGCAGACUGAAUCAGAACUGGCUGGGUGGACCUCAGAGCCGAGCGGCCCGCGGUAGGAGCCGGGGUAAGCGAGGAUAUUCAGCGGCUUGGAAUAAACCUUCAGCCGGUAUUUGAUCCCCUGGAGCCGGCUAGAAUCCGGACAGAGACCUCAUGAAUGGAAAUCGGAACUACAGGAGCCGUUGGGGCUGCGCCCCUGUUCUCCGUACCUCGGAGGCCAGGCUAUGGCACCAUGGGGAAGCCCAUCAAGCUGCUGGCCAACUGCUUCCAGGUGGACAUCCCCAAGAUGGACGUCUACCUGUACGAGGUGGACAUCAAUCCAGAAAAGUGCCCACGGCGUGUUAACAGGGAGGUGGUGGAUUCCAUGGUGCAGCAUUUUAAGGUGACAAUCUUUGGGGACAGAAGACCAGUCUAUGAUGGCAAGAGAAGCCUGUACACUGCACAUCCGCUACCAGUGGCCUCAGGGGGGGUGGACCUAGAUGUGACCUUGCCAGGUGAAGGUGGAAAGGACAGGCUGUUUAAAGUCAACAUUAAAUUUGUUUCGCUGGUCAGCUGGCACCUACUGCAUGAGGUUCUCACUGGGCGGAGCACGACUGAUCCGUUGGAGCUGGAUAAGCCAAUCAGCACCAAUCCCGUACACGCUGUGGAUGUGGUGCUCCGCCAUCUGCCCUCUAUGAGGUACACCCCGGUUGGGCGGUCUUUUUUCUCCUCCCCUGAGGGCUAUGAUCACCCAUUGGGUGGGGGGAGGGAGGUGUGGUUUGGGUUCCACCAAUCAGUGCGACCAGCUAUGUGGAAGAUGAUGUUGAACAUUGAUGUGUCUGCCACUGCAUUCUACAAAGCUCAACCUGUGAUUCAGUUCAUGUGUGAGGUUCUGGAUAUCCACAACAUUGAUGAGCAGCCUCGUCCUCUUACUGAUUCCCAUAGAGUCAAAUUCACCAAAGAGAUCAGAGGUCUAAAGGUGGAGGUCACCCACUGUGGCACCAUGAGGAGGAAGUACAGGGUGUGUAAUGUAACUCGCCGGCCAGCCAGCCACCAGACGUUUCCUCUCCAGCUGGAAAAUGGACAGACGGUGGAGAGAACAGUUGCUCAGUACUUUAGGGAAAAGUACAGCUUACAGCUCAAAUACCCCCAUCUGCCCUGCCUGCAAGUGGGACAGGAGCAAAAACAUACUUACCUGCCUCUGGAGGUGUGCAACAUUGUGGCAGGCCAGCGCUGCAUUAAAAAAUUAACAGACAACCAAACAUCCACCAUGAUCAAAGCCACGGCCCGCUCGGCACCAGACAGACAGGAGGAGAUCAGUAGACUGGUGCGCAGUGCCAACUAUAACGCGGACCCCUUCGUGCAGGAGUUCCAGUUUCGUGUGCGGGACGAGAUGGCGGAGGUGACGGGUCGUGUCCUGCCCGCCCCCAUGCUGCAAUACGGCGGCAGGGUGAGCUCUGAACACUUUAUGAAUCGAACAGUAGCAACCCCAAGUCAUGGAGUGUGGGACAUGCGAGGCAAACAGUUUCACACCGGAGUGGAGAUCAAGAUGUGGGCCAUCGCUUGUUUUGCCACUCAGAGACAAUGCAGAGAGGAAGUUCUCAAGGGCUUUACAGACCAACUGCGCAAGAUCUCUAAAGAUGCAGGUAUGCCCAUACAGGGCCAGCCAUGUUUCUGCAAAUAUGCUCAGGGAGCAGACAAUGUGGAGCCCAUGUUCCGUCACCUAAAGAACACCUACGCGGGCCUCCAACUCAUUAUCGUCAUACUGCCUGGGAAGACUCCUGUCUAUGCUGAAGUGAAGCGUGUUGGAGACACACUGUUGGGAAUGGCUACUCAGUGCGUGCAGGUGAAGAACGUGGUGAAGACGUCACCUCAGACCCUCUCCAACCUCUGCCUCAAGAUCAACGUCAAACUUGGCGGUAUUAACAACAUUUUGGUGCCUCAUCAGCGCCCAUCAGUUUUCCAUCAGCCUGUCAUCUUUCUGGGAGCUGAUGUCACUCAUCCACCUGCAGGGGAUGGCAAGAAACCCUCCAUUGCAGCUGUUGUGGGAAGUAUGGACGCUCACCCCAGCAGGUACUGUGCUACAGUCCGUGUGCAGAGACCCAGACAGGAAGUCAUACAGGAUCUGGCGUCCAUGGUGCGAGAGCUGCUCAUCCAGUUCUACAAAUCCACCCACUACAAACCUACCCGCAUCAUUUUCUACAGGGACGGUGUGUCUGAGGGGCAGUUCAGACAGGUGCUGUACUAUGAGUUGCUGGCCAUUCGUGAAGCCUGUAUCAGUCUUGAGAAGGAAUACCAGCCUGGCAUCACCUACAUUGUCGUACAGAAACGCCACCACACACGGCUCUUCUGUGCUGACCGCACUGAGAGGGUGGGCCGAAGUGGUAACAUUCCAGCAGGUACCACAGUGGACACUGACAUCACCCACCCUUAUGAAUUUGACUUUUAUCUUUGCAGUCAUGCUGGAAUACAGGGGACAAGCCGACCUUCACACUACCACGUGCUGUGGGAUGACAACUGUUUUACAGCCGAUGAUUUCCAGCUAUUGACCUACCAGCUGUGCCACACAUACGUCCGCUGUACCCGCUCCGUCUCCAUCCCUGCACCAGCCUACUAUGCCCACCUAGUGGCCUUUAGAGCCCGUUACCAUUUAGUGGACAAAGAACACGACAGUGCGGAGGGCAGCCACGUGUCAGGCCAGAGUAAUGGGCGAGACCCCCAGUCUUUGGCUAAAGCUGUGCAGAUCCACCACGACACUAUGAGGACCAUGUAUUUUGCUUAGCCCUGCCUCCACGUAGCUGUCAAUCACCCAUCAUCAUGCACUUAACUGAGGAGGGCUUCUCCCAACCACAGGCUGCUAAAGAGAACCAAAUGUAACCGAGGAAAUAGCACUGUUAUGCAAUAGAAAAACAGCCAAUCUUUCCACUGCUGCUUUUGCUUACGGAUUCAUUUGUCUGUUUAAUGGUUUAAAGUAUGCAGAUUUAGCAGCUAUACCAUUAUUUAUUAGAUUCGUAGAUCAAUUAGAUUUUGCCCGCUUAGGUCACAAAACCAAGCACAAAGGUUUGAUUGAUCAACUUGUACUAGAUCAGUGAAUGAGGCAGUGUUAUUUGUUUAGGACAGGGUCGAUCAGUAGAUUUCUCCUCCAAUCACACACAAACCAAGACAUCAAGAUCUUUACAUUUUCAAUUGAAAAUUACAUUUUAAAUGUGUGUUGUUUUUAUUUUAAGGUCUGGUGAAGAUUGCUGUUGGAGGACUGCCACUAGAGGGCAGUGUGAUGUUUUGCAAUUAUUAGUUGACAUCUUGGGUCUUACACUGCCUCUCUAGGUGCUUUUAAAACAUUUAUUUUUGUGCUUAUCUGAGACUAGUCUUGCUGUUUUUGCUAGUAAUGGUUACACCAUGCUUUUCUAGAGAAACAUUAGCAAAAACUAUAACCUCUUCUUGGAAUGUCAUUCCGUUCCAACUUGUAGGAAUCCACAUCUGUCCUUUUACAUCUUAGUCUUAUCUCACUUUUUAAACAAAGAAUUCUUAUUGAGGCUCAACUUUUAUUCCAAUCCCACACUUUUUCAAAUGAUUAUACUGUGGAUACCUCUGUGAUACAUUAACUUCCUGGUCCAUGCACUGCUUGGAAAAUGCUUCGCCUACCAUUUAACUUUGGUUUCCAAGCUGUUCCUUUUGGAUUUCUCCUCAGCUCACUCAUUAAGCAGGGGUGUUGAUUAGCUAAGGGCUGCGGUAUCACUGAAAGGGAAACUUUGAACUUGAGUGACACUCAAGGUUUGGUAAAAAGUUUCCAUGUAGUCAACUAAAUGUUUAUGUAUGUGCGUUGAAUGUCCGGUUCCUCAUUCUUCUGGUGUGCACUUACAGCGCUUUCGAGUCUGUCGAAGCAUGACCACAACAUACUUGAUGGAUAUGCGUGCGCAUAAAAUUCCACCCAAGGCUAUUCGAAUGCCUAAGUUAUCCUUAAAUCUUAACUUUACAGCUGUUGGACAUUUCAUAUUUGGCUUACAUUUAUGUUCUUUGAGGUUAUUUAUGAUUUAGCUUUUAACAUUGUCAAUCGUGCAUCUGUAAAUUAUCUAUUUAAUUUAUCAGUUGUCUAUUCUCAAUUUCUCGUUUUAGCCCUGUGAACUGACAAACACUGUCCCAUAAGCCUUUUAGUGCAAUAAGCCAAUUAUUGAAGGCUGUUUUAGACUUUCAUUUUACAAUGCAAACCUUAUAAGUGAAUGAUUUAUUUUAAAUCAGUCUUUAUGUGUGGCAUUUUGUAAGAGAACUUGAAAGCCAUGGGUGUGAAAGGUUUUAUUGAAAUGGAUUAGCAAAUCAAUUGAUGUGUUUAAAGGCAAUUGAAGGACUGGGAUAGUGGGUGACAUAGUUAGGUUGAGUUUACAGAAGAGAUGGUUACUCUCAUCGAUAUGUCUUAUGCGAAAGAUGCGACUUGCUAUCAAGAGGUCUAGGACAAGCUAUUCAUGUAGCCGUCAAUUGAGACAAAGUGCCUGUUUUUAUAGAAAAUAUCCCUUAAAUUCAGUUCUGUUGGGGCACAUUUUAAAUGUAUAUUUAAAGUAACUUAAUAGCGUGUUGAUACUGUAUGGUCAGACAGAUAUUUAGCUAUUGAAACUGUUAAGGCUUAAGUCUUUAUUCGGCAAUUUGAAUAGUUGAACUAAUGUAGAACUGUCCUAAGUCAUCUUUUCCUCUUCUUUCAUUUGAACUUUCAACCUUCUUUCGAAUGAACCUUUUUUAAUUUUCUUUUGAACAUAGUUUUUUGAACGUGUUUUCUUUAGAUUUUUUUUCUAACUUUCAACCUUCUUUCGAAUAAACCUUCUUUUGAACUUUCUUUCGAACAUGCUUUCUUUCGAUCUUUCCAACUAUCUUUCAACCUUUUGAAUAUACUUUAUGAAUGAAUGCUCUUUUGAAUAAACUUUUUCUGUCUUUAUUUCUUUCAGUCUUUUUAGCUUUUCUUUCAAACCUUUAUCACUAUUUCUUUUGCUUUUUUUAACAUUCUAACCUUUCACAUUUUUUCUAAACUUUUUUUUGCACUUUCUUUCAAUCUUUCUUUUUAGCUUCUCUUUCAAACUUUCUUUCAGAAACCUGCUCUUUAAUAGCCCCUGUGUAUUCAAUUGCAUUCCACACAGACCAAACCAACGUGCCUCAGAAAACGGGGGUAGCAGGGAGUAAAAGGCAUUUGAAUUGUUGUAGGGUGGGUGGAGGGUUAUAUUUGAUAACUCUAUGACCUCUGGCACCCUUUCACAUCGCCCUUACUGUGAAUGGCACUGUGGUCGUUCUGCCCUAUAGCCACAAAUAGGUGUUGACCACUGUAGCUGCUACUGUGCAUAACACUUUUACACCUGCUUUUAUAUUUGGAGAGAUACCAAGAGAGAUUCUGUGAGAAAUGACUGACAAAUGUAUUGAUGCACUUAACUGAUUUAUACAAAGCUGUACGGUCUCAGAUUGGGUGAAAUGCCCUGGGUGCUAAGCAGUGUGGUGCUGUAAUUUGGGGGAUCUUAACCACACUUAUCUCUACAGUGCAUUUUCUUCGAAACCAUGUCAAAUUAUAAUUGGUCAGGAGUUUUUUUUUUCAUAAACAAAGUGGUUCACUGGAUGAACGUUUCUAAAACAUGUAACUUGAGCUUUAGGGCCUUGUUUAGGAUUUUUCCCUUUAUGGUUCAGUUAGCUCGCUAAGUUUUGAAAAUUCACAUACAUUUUCUCAAAAUUGUUUUUGUGGAAAAAUUUAAAGGAACAGUUUUAUUUCAGCCAACUUAAAAACAUUGCUUAAAGGGAUAGUUCAACCAAAAUUGAAAUUCUGUCAUCAUUUACUCACCCAAGCGUUCAAAACCCAUAUGACUUUCUUCCAUGGAGCACAAAAGGAGAUGUUAGACUGAAUGUUAAGCACUCACUUCCUAUUUACUUUCAUUAUGGAAAAAAAGAGCAGCUUCAGUGUUGUUCAAAAUUUCUCCUCUUGUGCUCCACAGAAGAAUGAAAGCCUUGCAGUUUUGGAACAAAAUAAAUGUGAAUAAAAUGUAUUACUUUUUUAGAAAGAAAUGAUUGAAAUGAGGAGAAAUUAUUCUUUUCUGGUUUAACUAACUGUUUAAUCUAAAAUGUCAAUUUUAGCGGGUUAACUGAAAUUCAACAACAACAAAAAACUAAAAAUCUUUGUGCUAAUGUCGAAUGGCUUCGGGGCUCUGUUUCUUUGUUUCAAUGUGUUGAGAUCUGUUACUUCUCUGCCGCUACCAGCAUUUGAAUUUACUUGAAUAAGGGGAGUGUUUAGUAGAACCUGCACCCAUGCAUGUUGGGCUGUAGGUGUUGUGUGCUUCAGUCUUUUAAUGACAGCCUAUACGGCCUUCUGAAGUUGCCACGGAAUAAGUUGCUUAAGGCCUGUAGGUGGGGCAUUGCAUGUAGGGGUGGAGCUAAUCCGCUUGGUGGGUGUGGCUUAAACAGCACCUCCCAUAAACUGUGGUAUUACACACACUCCACCCCCUGGCUUAAAGCUGGAAUGUGGAUACCUUCAAUUAAAGGAUUUUUAAUUCAGAGCAGAAGUAAAUAUGUAUAUUUUUAAAUAACGGAACUCCAUAAUGCACAUCAGUUAUUUUUGCUAACAAAGUCUAUGAGAGAUUAAGCAAAAGAUGAUUAAUAGUGAUACUGAUCAUAUAAAUUGGGAUAAUAUGCAAUAGACUAUUAACUAGAUUCGUCUUGUUUUUCAAAAGGAAGUUUGUGUGUCUCUGCAUUGUCCUAUGGUAUUGGGAAAAAAGAAAAUGCCUACAAAGAGGUGAACCUUCAAUCAUUUUAUUGUAAUUCUUAAUUUUAACUUAAAAAUGAAGGUACCACCUCAAACAUUUCUAUUUAAGUGAACAGAUUAGUAAAUUCAACCAAAAAUGAAAAAUCUGUCAUUUACUCACCCUCAUGUCAUUCAAAAUGAUGUUUAUUUUCUCAGUAGAUCAUGAAAAGGAAAUGCACCAUUCACCUUCAUUGUAUGAAAAAAGAUGCAAUGAAAGUAAAUGGUGACUGAAAGUGUCAAUCUCUAACAUUGUGCAUCUUAGUGCCAUAAAGGUUCGCAACAACAUGAGGUUGAGUAAAUGAUGAUAGAAUUUUCUUUUUAGGCACAUUUAAAAACAUCUGUAGGUUACUAACCCCUUUGAACUUGUCAUUUUAUCGGUGUCUGAACUAAAGUGAUAAAGGUAUAUGCUACGCAACUGUUUUAUUCAAGCCUGGAGUAUUUGCUGCUUGUUUUUAUUGCUUUGACUUUAAGGUGAAGGUUCAUCUUUAGGGCAGACUUAGUGGAAUGUGCCUUUUCUGAUGGUGCUGUUCUCAGACAGAAAAAACAAAACAAAAAAUAAAUAAAUUAAGGGCCCAGCAAGCCUAUAUUGAAGUACUUAUAUAUAUAUUGAUAUGCUAUACUGUAUAAUGUGUGUUUCAGAGUGUUAAAAGUGUAUGUGUGGGUGUAAUUGUGCCUCUUUAUUCGCCAAGAACACAAUAAAUUGCAGAGCUUGCCAGUUACAGGGUCUCUGGACCAAACUUUCUACAAGGGUUAUAGUUUUUUUAAGAAUCUGGAACUUCAUAACUUACAGAUCAAGCACUGACCAGGCAGGCUACUGUAUAAAGCCUGGGAAUGUCAAUUAUAUCUGAAACCUGUAGUUGUUUUUUUUUUUUGUUUGUUUUUUUUUUUUUUUUUGUCUCCAAACCAUUUCCAACAUUCAGUGUCAAAUAUGUGUUUUCUGUAUGUGAUGAAAAAGCAAUAACUUAAUUGGUAGCAUCAUUAAUACAGUACUUUGCCUGAAUUCCAGUUCUGGACACCUUUAAACUGGUUUAGUUCUAGCCAGGAACGAACUCACCUGAUCCAUCGGUUACUUUAUUAAUGUGGUUAAUUUAUUUUGGAUGUAUCUGCAAUGUCACAAAAAUUAACUGCUUGAUCUCAAAGUAACCACUGAUCAUUGGCAUAGAUUACUAAAUUAUGACAUCUUUAUAUGUGAUUAAAUACAGCACAUUAUUAGCAAUUUAUCAAAUGUCACUUGUCUGCAAUGAAUAUGAUCAGGAGUAUCAGUGUCCAGAUUUAUCAUACUAUGCAAGCUUCUUCUUAACUUGAAGGAACUUCAUAGAAUUCUCAGAAGUUAACAGUCUGUCCAUUGUGAUGCAACAGACGUUCACAGCUUUGGCAUAAUGGUUUAGUUACCUUGUGCUGAAAUAACAAUGUUAAUUAACUGAUAAUACAACUGUCCUGUUUCAGAAAUGGAACUGUCCCUUUUAUUUUAUUUCAACCCUUCUAACUGUGGUCUUUCAUUGGGUCUUUUUAUUUGGUUGUUCUAUUUAAUUGUCAAUGUUUUAAUUAAAAAUAUAUGUAUGCAAACUUUUAUGGAUACAUGUCUUUUAAACUGUUUGUCUUGGAAAAAUAUUAUGCAUAUGAAUAAAUAUUGAAAAUACAUAUGUUUUUUGUGUUUAUAGUGAGGGGUGACUUUGGGAAAUAAUUUACUGCUCACAUUAUUGUAAAUUACUAUAUAAUAUCCUUUGUUAACAAGGAUCGAGAAGAACACCCUUUUGUUGAUGUACAUAAAUGUAGCAUUGUAAUCAUUGUACAGAUGCAGAAAAGUGUAGGGUGUAUGGCAAAACUAGAUACAGUGGUGGCCAAAAAUACUAGCACCCUUGGUAAAUAUUAGCAAAGAAGGCUGGGACAAACAAAUCUGCAUUGUUUAUCAUUUUGAUCUUUCAUUAAAAUCAGAAAAAUCUAAUCUUUAAUUGAAGUAAAACAAUUAAAAGAGGGGAAAUAUCUCAUUAUUAAAUAUUUUUCUCCAAAACACGUUGGCCACAAUUAUUGGCACCCCUAGGAAUUCUUAUGUGUAAAAUAUAUCUGAAGUAUAUUCCCAUUCAUAUUUUAAACUUUUUAGUACACGUGGGUGACUAGGAACAUGAAAUUGUUCAGCCAUGACUGCCUGUUUCACAGGGGUAUAAAUGAGGUAACACACAGGCCAAAUUCUCUUAGUCAUCAAUCACAGUGGGUUAGACUAAAAAAAUAUAGUUCUGAUGUGCAGCAAAAGGUUGUUGAGCUUCACAAAAUGGGAAGUGGCUAUAAGAAAAUAGCCAAAGCAUUGAAAAUACCCAUUUCCACCAUCAGGGCAAUGUUCCAAUCAACUGGAGAUCUUGAGAAUCGUCCUGGAAAAGGACGUGUGUCUAUAUAGUUUCCAUGCACAGUGUGGAGGAUGGUUCAAGUGGCCAAAGAAUCUCCAAGGAUCACAGCUGGAGAACUGCAGAAAUGAUUUGGGUCUAUGCGUUUUGGAGAAAAAUAUUCAUUUAAUAAUUAGAUAUUUCCCCUGUUUCAAUUGUUUUACUUCAAUUAGAUUUUUCUGAUUUAUUUUUAUUUUUAUGAAAGAUCAAAAGGAUAAACAAUGCAGAUAUUUUCUUUGCUCAUAUUUACCAAAGGUGCCAAUAUUUUUGGCCACCACUGUAGAUUACAUAAGUAGAAAGAUUGAUAGGUGCUUUAUUAAUCCCAAGAUGGAAAUUGGAUAAUGCUAUAAUACCCAGAGAAACCACUAUUAUAUGGACAGAGAUCAAAAACAUUAUUUGAAUACUAGGAAACACUAGAUUUAAAAUGUUUUGACUGACUUUUCCAUGCUCAAAAAUAUUUUAAACAAUUCACAGCACACUUGCAGUACAUGCAAACUAAAAAACUGUCACAACUCAGUAUAUACACUACCGGUCAAAAGUUUUGAAACACUUGACUGAAAUGUUUCUCAUGAUCUUAAAAAUCUUUUGAUCUGAAGGCGUAUGCUUAACUGUUUGAAAUUAGUUUUGUAGACAAAAAUAUAAUUGUGCCACCAUAUUCAUUUCAUUACAUAACUAAAAUUUAAUAAUAAUAAAAA